UGCACCCUAAGCCUCGCAACGGGUUGGGGAGGACCUACCCCGACAGCCCGCAGGCAGGGGGCGUGGCUGGCGCGGGGCAUGCCGGGCCCGCGGGUGGGCAGGUGCCUAGGUCGGGUGCGCACUGGUAGGCGGCGGCCGCGCACCCGGAAGAGCCGGUGAACGAGCGAGCGCGCGCAACAGGCGGCCGGCGCUGGCCGCAGCGGUAGGACGCCGGGCCGAGAUGGACAAGCUGAAGAGGGUGCUGAGCGGCCAGGACGCCGAAGACCAGAGCGCCCUGUCGGAGAUUGUGGAAGCGUCGUCAUUAAGUUGGGGCACCAGAAUUAAAGGCUUCAUUGUGUGUUUUGUUAUCGGAAUCCUCUGCUCACUGCUGGGUACUCUUCUGCUGUGGGUGCCCGGGAAGGAACUCAGGCCCUUUGCAGUGCUUUACACCUUGGGUAACAUCUCAUCAAUCGGGAGCACCAUCUUCCUCAUGGGACCAGUAAAACAGCUGAAGCGCAUGUUUGAGCCCACGCGUCUGAUUGCAACAAUCCUAGUGUUGUUGUCUUUUGUGCUUACCCUAUGUUCUGCCUUUUGGUGGGAAAAGAAGGGACUUGCCCUCAUCUUCUGCGUGUUGCAGUCUUUGGCCUUGACAUGGUAUAGCCUUUCCUUCAUACCAUAUGCAAGGGAUGCUGUGAAGAAGUGCUUUGCUGCGUGCCUUUCAUAAUACACUGCCAGUCUGCAGCGCUUUGGAGGGCAGUGUGGACGGAAGCUGGUAGACAGUUUCAUGAAUGGCCUCUAAACCUCUGUCUUUACAGACAUGUGCCUUUUAUCUUGCAGCAGUGUGUUGCUUACAAUUUGAACAUUUGUGGGGAGUGCCUGUGGGAGCAGUGAUGUGUCCCCAAUCCCAAAUGUUUAUAGCACAAUGUGAGAGGUGGGAGUUCUAUGUCUCAUGCAGUGGACUCUUCAUCAUGACCUGUUUCCUCUCUGGAUGGUGUCCUGUUGAAUUCUCACAAAUCAGUCCUUGUUUAAUUGUGGCAAAUAAGCCUCAGGAACCUCUGAUUCCCAGGUGGCAGCAGGAAGCGCUGUCAGAGGUUACAGGGGUAUAACAGGAUGGGACAGAAAUUUGAAGAUUUUUUCUCUGUCAAGGAGACCAUUGACACUUUCUAACACAGCUUGGCCAAGCUGCUUCCCUAGUGUCUGAGAACAAGUGAUUCUUCCCUUCCCAAGACUCCAGAGGGCCUGCCAUGGAGUGAAGUACAGAAUAAACACCUUCUAGUGGGGGCUGGUGAAAUGGCACAGAGGUAAAGGCUCCUUCUGCCAAACCUGAGGACCUGAUUUCGAUCCCUGGGACCCAUAUGGUGGAAGGAGAGAGAGCCAACUUCUGCAAGUUGUCCUCUGACCUUCACACAGUGCCAUGGCACAUAAACACACAAAUAUAUGCUAAAUAAAUGUAAUUUUAAAAACUUAAGAACAAAACCAAACACCUUUAGUGAUACAUUGUUCCUUUUUCUGGACCUUGGUACUUCCUGUUCUGAAUCACACCCAACUAUGGUGUAGACUCUCCGGCUCUCACCCACCCAUGUCUUGUCUGAUGAUCUUGUGGCACUAGGUCAAGAGAGUAAAGCAGCUGCUGCAGACCAAGCUAUUUGCUUUUGGACAAGAGCCAUUGGAAAGUGAAAAAAUCUUGAUGUUCUCUAUUGUAAAUAUUUACUUUAAAAUUGGUUUUGUUUUCUGUUCUCUCUUGGAGUUGGGCUAGAGGAAAGUGUGUGGGAAGACAGAUCCCUUGAGGGGCCAGCAGGAGGUAGGCAUACCUACCAAGCAACCUUUAAAUGGUCCAGCAUUGGCAUUGAGCUGGGCACUGGGAAGCUACUUGCAGGCAGGUAGUCCUGUCUGAGCCUGAUGCCUAAGCACAUACACAGUAUUCUUGUGUUGGUGAUGUAUCUGGUCCUCAUGAGAGCUGUGUGAGGAAGCAGGAUUGUUAUCUCACUGUGCAGUUAAGAAAAUAGGCUCAGAUUUAUUUCCAUAUCACCUACAUCUGUAGUGGAGUAGCCCAGAGCCCAGGUGCCUCAGUCUCUUUCAUGAUGCCAUGUUUCCUAGCAUGGCUCUGGAUGUAUCUUGUCAUCUUGUAACUUUUUAUUGUUUGUACCUUUUCUGGUUCCAGCAUCUCUGUCACUUGUGCCAUCUCCCUUUUUGGCAGCUUCUCUCUGAAUCUGUAGGGUAACCACCAUUGCCUGUGCUCCCUUUCAGCUGCUCUGUACUGUCUGGACACCAUUAGUGUCCUGUCUUGACAGCUUGAGUUCCUGGCAAUCUAGCUUUACCAUUUGCUGUUUGCCCGGGGUCAGCUGUCUACUGUGGCUCCUGCUCUGACACCUCCAGACCAAAGGCAGUGGGCACUAGUUGUCUCCUUGCUUGUGGGCAGUUGCUGAACUGUGGCUACUGUCUUUUCUUGUGGACUGGAGAAGCAUUGAUAGGCUGAUUGGGGCAGAGGGCAGGUCAGUUUUCCUAAGUCCUUUCUAUGCUGUUGAAGGUACCUGCUGAGGUCUUCAGCCUGUCAUCAGUCAAGAAGGGAAACUAUUUGCCAUCCUCUGGUUUUUGUGAGGCCUGUUCAUAUUGCAGGGGACUUGGGAGACUGUUCAGAUCUUGGAAGAGCUCAGGUGUCAGAAGGGGCUUGAAGGAGUUUAGGGGUACCCACAUCUCCUCUCAAGAAAUAUGAGGCUAGAUUUAUUGCUUGCAAGUUCCAACCAGCUGGAGUGAUAUACCUAAAAGGCUGCCCCUUCCAUGCCCGCUAGCUGGGCUUCACUUCGUAGGACUUGAGUCCAAGUACCUUUUAAGAUGUCACCAGGGCUGAAUAGCAUAGUGGCACCAGUGUGGUCUCAGGAAUCAAGCAGAUCUGAGUGUGAACUGUAGUUCAGUCACAUACUAAUAGAGCUGUUUGAACAAAUUACUUAAUGUUGGUUUCUCAGUUUCCUCUGUUUCAAAAUAAUGGGCUGAAGCCGGGUGUGGUGGUGCAUACCUUUAAUCCCAGCACUCAGUAGGCAGAGGCAGGUGAAUCUGUGAGAUUGAGUCCAGCCUGGUUUAUAUCAUGAGUUCCAGAUCAACUGGGGCUACAGGGAGACCCUGUCUCAAAAAACAAACGAACCAAGCAAAAUAGUGGGCUCACAAAUCCUGCUGGCUGAUUGUAGGAUAUCAGUGAAGAUGCAUUAUCAAGUCUUAGCGUGGGGCUAAGAAGAGUUCUAUUAAAAUAACUGAUGACGCUUAAAGGUGACAGGAUGAAUACUUGACUUAAUUUGUCUGGUAAAUACUACUCUGUCAGCACUGUAGACACUACCAUAUAUGAUCUCAUUGAAUGGUUGUAGUGACUGCCUCCAUCGCUAUAAAGUACCUGGCCUAUACCAGCUCCUGCCAGGAGGGGGCGUCAGGAGAUUCUUGGUGGGAGCUCAGUCUGACUCUCACAGUCUGUGGCCAGUUUUCCAUGGCAAUUUGAAUGUGGACACUUGAGGAAGCUUUUGGAUGGCCCUGUCAACCAAGAUCUUCCCAGGUUCCCAGGUUUUUCCUUCAGUUGCCUUAUUAUUUGAGUGUUCCCUUGUUUUUGUUUGGACUGUGAGAGGAAGAAACUCACUUCAAAUCUGUUGAUGUCCCUACCAAGCUAGAGCGUUGGUUAAACAACAUAGUGGGUGAGGCCGAAGUAGAGAAUUAGGCCUCCGACUCUGGCUGUUAGUGGUGUCUGUUUUUUCUCCCCUCGCCUCCACUCGCCUCAGUUCACUGCUGGGUGAGGGAGGCACCACUGAAUUUUGGGAGCGACAGAAACUAUUGAGGCGUCUUUUGCCGAGGGGAAUGUGGGGGCUUAACCAUGCUUCCAGCUGUGAGGAACCUGUAGCCCGAGUGCCACCUUCCCUGGGCAGCUGUGAAUACUACAUUGGGAGGAUCACUGAUGUCUGGACCAGGAUGGCAAUGCCUGUUCCUCUUGGCCUCCCCCUUCUUCAAGCAUAGGCUGCUUGCUGGGAUUUCAGUAGGGUGGUCCAUGUCUGAGCUGAAAGUGUCUGCUUUCACAAAAUGAGCUCAGGGAGCAUGCGGUUCUGUUCUGCCUGGCUGCUGUCCACACUUCAGCUCAAGGCAUCCUGUUCCUGGGAAGGUUGAGAUACUAUCUCUAGCUUGGCAUUCCCCAGGGAGAUUAUCUCAAUGUGGGAGUCUCUCUGUCACCCUCCUGGUAACUGGAUUAUGUGACUUAAGUGCCACCUCCCUUCCACACAGUCACUAUAGGCCGAGAGAUCAAGAAAUGGAAUCAUGAAAUGUAUUCCAUAUAAAAUUACUUUUUUGAUACUUCCAUUAGAAUAGAUAAUUAACAGUUGGGCUGAACAGAUGUGAAAGAUGGCUGCUUCAGCUUCUGCUUUUGUUAUCCCCAUUUGAGAGUGACAGAUGUUGCAGUAUCCAUGGUGAGAGAUGGUGGAAUGAAUUGGUCAUUUGAAGUGUGUGCUCUGGUUGUGGCUUCCCAUCCUGUGGUGCCCCACACUAGGCCUUCCUGGUCUGGCCUUUCCAUAGAUAAAUUCUCACUAGCUUCAGUUGCAGAAUUACAUAUACUUUAAAAUUCACAAAGAAGCCUAAAACCUCAUUUUCAGCAAUUUUUAAAAGAAAAAGCAUUUAAAAUUAUAUAAAGAUGUUUGCUAGACUUUUUGGCAUGGUCUUUAAAAAAUAUUUUUUUUAUUAAUGUCCAAGGCCUUUUUUCUAUAUUGGUAAGUUUAACACAUACAAUAGCCUACAGAUUACAUUGUUAAAGGAAGUGAGUGGCCUUUCACCUGAAAUUAAAUGCAAAUUUAUAUCUGUGUAACUUAAAAAAAUUUUUUUUUAGUUUAUUUUUAUGAGUGUUUUGCCUUCAUGUAUGUAAAUCAUUGUGGGUGCUGGGAACUCAACCCAGGUCCUCCAGAAAAGCAGCAAGAGUUCUUAUUUGCUGAGCCGUAUCUCUAGCCCUUUUGUAGCUCUUUGAUAUAAAAACAAACGCCUAGAAGUCUAAAUUACUUAAAAAGUUUUAUUUAAAAGGUUCAUUAGAGGGUGAUCUUAACGUGCCUUCCAAGUCAUAAUUUUAUGAAGUUUUGGGAUCAUGUGUUUUUAGUCUAGAGAAGAUGAAAGUGCAGUGGAAUUUGAUGCCAGUUCACUCAAGAUAGGAUAUUUAGUUCCACUUUGAUUAUUUGCAGCUCUCCUGUGACGUGUAGGUGACACGUCACAGUAAAGCACCUGGUGCUUAAGUGUGAAUAGACAUCAUAUCCAUUCCUGAACCUGAGAGCUGACAUCUAGGCUUAGAAACAUUCAGAGUGAUGUUCUGUACUUAGGCUGAUCUGAAACCAGGGAAAAGUGGGUCCAGUAGAUAAGAGAAAUUUUGCUAUUUAAAAUGAAAGGUCAGCACACAGUAUCAUAACAAUAAUGUGUGGUAUGUACUUAGAACAAUGCCACUGUGUGUGAUAAACAGCUAUCAACUAUAGCAACAACAAAAAAGGACAAAUGGCCUCUGAUAUAAGUAGGCUGACCUUGGGGUAGAACAUCUUUAUGAGCAUCCUUAAGAUCAAAUGGUGACUGGGGAUGUAGCAGUAGAGUGCUUGCGGGAAGCCCUGGGAUCAAUUCCUGGCAAUGCAUAGACUGUUCUUAGUAAUGCAUGCCUGUAAUCCUAGCACUUGGGAGGUUGAGGCAGGAGAAUCAAAAGUAUAUUAGAUCCUCUCUCAAAAAAUAAGAAAAAAGAAAGAUCAAAUGGAGGCUGAGAUCUGGGCCUAUGCACAUGACUGCCUGUUCGGUGUCCAUAACUCCACUAAGAAAGGAGCCUUGACUUUAGGAAAAGUGUUCUUUUUUUCUCUUUUUUCUUUUUCAAUGUAUUUACUUAACUUGAAUAAGGAAAGAAGAAACAAAAUAACAGACCUGAACUCUGUUCUUCUGUUGCUUUUGUAAAUGCUGAUUGUGACGUUGAGAGGAUAUUCAGAAGCCUGUGGUGAAGGCUUGAGAGUGCAGGACCAUGUGCAGUAUGACUCUGGGCGCCAGGGUGCCAUGCCCAGCAUCACCACCACCACUAGCAACAGCAACAAAACCGCCUUUGGCAAACUUAUAUGGCUUCAGAACAUCGCACCUGUUCUAAUACAAUGAUUUUUUAGAACAUUUAUUUAAAAUGAAAGAAUUUGUGUAAUUGCAUAGGCAUAGCUAAUUUUGAAAUUUACUGAUUGCAUAAUUCAAUUUUUAUAUAUCCAAAAAUAGAAGACCACUUUUCGUACUUGAGAAUCUAUUUCAUACAAUGUUUUUUACUUUUCAUUAACUUAUUUCAAAGAGAAAGAAUGUUGCUGGAAAACGAAGCUAUUUCUCCCCUUCCAUCACAGUUAUUUUUUCCUUUUCUCCAAUAAAUGGUUGACAUUAUGAUCUUUAA